AUGGGGACUGCAAACAUUACACGUGCCAACCUCAAUGACCGAGACUUCAUGGAGCAAUGCAUAGAGCGAGAUCUGUCCUUUCUUAAGUCGAUUCCGAACUCUGUGCAGUAUUGGCAGCAGCGGAAGAAGGAUUUGUUUGCCAUGAUGCGGCAGUUAGGAAAGCCAACGAUGUUCCUCACGCUUAGCGCAAAUGAGAUGAAGUGGCCCCACUUGCUUAAACUCCUGCAUCGGCUGUCAGAAGGAUACAAUGGUAGUGAUCUGACGGAUCCCAUGCAGGAGCUGACUGCGUUACAACGGGCAACACUAGUCAAUGACGAUCCGGUUACCUGCUGUGUGUACUUUAAUAAGCUCGUGGACACGAUAAUGCUAUUGUUAAAGUCACAAACAUACAGUCCUUUUGGAAAGUAUCGUGUUAUCGAUUAUUUCAAGCGCAUCGAAUUUCAGCACCGUGGUAGUCCCCACGCUCACAUCUUGCUGUGGUUAAAGAACGAUCCUCGUGAAACUAUCGGUGAAAGUAUGCCAGACACCGUACAUCUGAUUACAGAUCUCUGUUCCGUUAGCGUUGGAGAUCUGCCGGACACAUAUGGCUACCAGGUUCACAAGCACACUUUCACCUGCUUCAAGAGGAAUGAAAAGCACUGCCGAUUUGGUAUUCCAUACUGGCCGAUGGAUGAGACUCGUGUGCUAAUUCCUGUUCCAUCAGAUGAUAAGCGUCGUGAUCAGCUCCUCAGGAAGAGCAAAACAAUGCGAGAAGCUUUGGAAACAAAGUCAUAUGCUACUCUGGAAGCAUUCCUUCUCGACUGUAACUGUGCGCCUGACAAGUAUCUUGAAGUGCUUCGUGCGUCAAUUCGUCGUCCAACAGUGUUCCUUAAGCGAUCUAUGAAUGAACUAUGGACGAAUCCGUUCAAUCCAUGGAUAGCAAGCCAUCUCUGCUCCAACAUGGAUCUGCAGUUCAUUCUAGACGAGUACUCCUGCGCGGCGUACGUAGUUGAAUAUGUUAAUAAAACCAACCGUGGUCUCAGCUGCCUACAACGUGAUCUCAUCAAACUGCAAGAAGAGUUUCCCGAUCUGGAUUUCACCGCGCUGUUGAAGAAGAUUAGUAUUAAACUUCUAAAUUCGGUAGAAAUGUCCGCCCAAGAGGCAGCUUGGUAUCUGUUGCGUCAACCGAUGUCCGAAGGAAGCCGUGCGACGCAGUUUAUUCCAACAAUGUGGCCCCACGAGCGCAUCAAGUCCCGGAAACAAAACAAGCGCAUGGAUGAAGAAGGUAUCUCCGAUGAUUCGACUGAAGUAUGGACGCUGAACAUUGUUCAGAAGUACGAGGCACGUAAUGAUUUGGAUGAUCUGUGUCUAGCUGAUUUUGCAGCCUAUUAUACCAAGGAGCGGAGUAGCAGCAAUACAUACAAAGCUCGUGCUGUUCCUCGUGUACUGCAAUGGGUCGGUUAUGACAUGUCGAAACUGUCGGAGUACAAACGUGAAAUGGUGUUACUGUUUGUACCAUUUCGUAACGAGAUGUGCGAUAUACUAGACCAAAACAACUUCUUGCAACUCUAUGACCAACACGAAUCAUCCAUUCUCGCGAAGCGAAAAGAGUACGAUUGCAACUUGAAUCUAGAGCACAUUAUUGAGGAGUACCUGCAAAUAUGCGAUGAAGAUGAGCCAGCCGCACAAGAGACGGUAGCAACGGAGAAGCGCAACGAAUGCACAAGAACGAUCGCCAUGGAGCCCAACAAUGACGACAUCCGCAUAUUGCCAGCCAAUGCUUUAUCAGCCGUCAUAAAACAAAGAACAUCGGUGAUGAGUAAGCAAGAUUACUGUGCCAUGGUACGAAAAACAAAUUCAGAGCAGCGAGACCUAAUAUUACAGGUUAUCGACAACCUGCAUUGUUUUGACGACAGUAGAAAACCACUGCAGCUGUUCUUCACCGGACCGGCAGGGUGCGGCAAAACGUUCACGCUUCACAUUCUGAUGGAGACGUAUAAUCGUUUUAGCCAAGCUCACAACUCGCAAAAUAAUGCCUAUGUUGCCUGUGCAUCCACUGGAAAGGCCGCUGUGGCUAUUGGAGGAACAACUGUGCAUUCGGCGUUCCACAUAACCAUGGAUCGGAGGCAUCAAGGAAAGCUUGGGUUUGAAUUGCUACAACUGUAUCGGCAUUCAUUUGUAAACAUCAAGCUGAUCAUUAUUGAUGAAGUCAGCAUGAUAGGUGCAAACAUUCUCAAUACAGUUCAUGCACGACUUCAAAGCAUUACAGGCGAUUAUGAUCUUCCAUUCGGUGGAAAGGCCGUAAUUUUAUGUGGAGAUUUCCGACAGCUUCCCCCGGUGAAUGCCAAACCUGCCUACAAACCCGCGAGCAACUCCAUUGGUGGUGCAGCAUUGUGGCAAGCCCUGCAAUAUUUCCCCUUACGUCAAGUGAUGCGACAAACUGAUGUUGAGUUUUCCUCGAUACUCACGAAAAUCGGAAAUGGCGACCGGUUGUCUGACGACGAGACGAAACUCAUCGAAAGCAGGUUCCGCACAGUUGAAUGGUGUAAAGAGAAUAUCCCAAACGCAAUUCGCUUAUAUCAUCGCAACUGUGCUGUUGACGCUUAUAACCACGAUGCUUUAAGCAAUCGGGAUGAAUUGUAUUACACUGCCGAGGAUGUAAUCACCGGAUAUCAAGAUGCUGCUCAGCUGGCAAGUGCUCGUACCAAGCUGUACAAAAUGAGUGUCGCUGAAACAGGAUGUCUUCCAUAUCUUUUACGAUUGGUCAUUGGGAUGUCGUACAUGAUAACGACCAACGUAGAAGUAGAAGACGGUAUCGUAAAUGGGGCAAUUGGUGAACUCAAGUACAUUGAACACACCGACGACGAUCCUCAGCAGUUACCGUUUCGCUUGUGGUUCAAGUUUGAAAAUGACGCUGUUGGAGUUAAACUUCGGGUGAAAUCCAGGCCAGUUGUGUUUUCCAAACCUGGCGUGCUGCAGCAGGAUUGGACUCCAAUUGGCAAGCGAUCCACUAACAUUAAACUGAGCAGCGCAAUCAAAUGCAAGCGGAUACAGUUUCCCGUCGUCAGUGCUUGUGCGUUGACAAUCCACAAAUCGCAAGGAGGUACGUUUGCUGAAAUUGUUGUGGACUAUGACAAAGGUCAGGACCAGCAGCUCGUGUACGUUGCCUUGUCACGUGUAAGCUCACUACAAGGGCUUUACUUGACAAACUCCACCAAUUCCUUCAUCUUUCAUCAUGGAAAAGGCAGCAACACUCCCAAAAUGAAAGACCUCCGAGAUGAGAUGCGACGACUGGAAAGCCAUAAGCUAGUGACGAUCAGUGAUGAGCUUAUCACAUUUUGGAAAAUUCCGAUCACUCAGCGGUUUUGA